GCAUUUUUUCCCCACGAAAAAAAAAUAAUUGGCUACUUCUGUAAAAGUGGGGCUGACCUUCUUGAAAGGAUGCUGGACUUUCAAGGAAGACAGAAGGGGUUUCUGGGGGGGUUUGAGAACAGGUUUAACUGGGGCACCGGGAGCAAGGCGCUGGGGGCUUGAAGAUGCCCUCAGCCUGACAUCGCUGCACCUUCUCCAUUGGUUCCGGGGCUCUGGGUCUACCCAGCUCCCUGUCCCAGUUUUUCUCUUUGAAGACGACUAUUUUGAGCUUUACCUGGACAGAGCUUUGUUUAGCCAUUUCCUCCCUGGAGCUUUGACACCCACCUGACACCUUCCCAUCCCCCCUCUGACCUGCCAGGGGGGAAAAAGGGGUUGUCAAAGGAAGGAUCCAGUGUUCAGGGACAUGUGCGGUAGAGUAUGAAAGGGGGGAAGGGCAUUGGCCCCACAGGAAGACCCUUUGGCACUGGUGGGUAUACCAGACUGGGAGGGAGGUGGCAAAGGAUAGGGCAAGCAGGACUUCUAGAGCAGACCUGCCAGGAAAGCUGCAGGGCAGGGAGCGCUCCCACCUCCCAGGAGACAAAACGACAGAGGGUUUUGCUUGCCUUUGUUUGCUUGCUUCCUCCAGCACUCAUGCCUUGCCUCUUCUGUUUUUGCAAAAGGGGUCAGAGGCGGGAAACAGAUCCGCUGUAAAGAUGCCUUUGUGUAAGAGGGAAAGCUAGUAGAAAAGAACACUGAAUCUGAAAUUUAAAAAACCCUCUGUUUAGGGCUUACUGUAGUGCUCCGUGGAUGACCUUGAGCCAAAACGUGUACCCCUUGUUUAAGCACUAGCUUUCUCAUCAAUAAAAUGGGAGAGGGCUUAUCUAUGUCUAAAACAGCUCUGUAAAAAAGAAUGGACGAGGCACCUGGCAGGCAUAGUUUUCACCACUACAGAUGGGCCCCUUCUCUCCUCCCUAUCCUCACCAAGUAACACAUGGGACAUCUCUGUGAGGACCAGAAAAGUACCCCUCUGGAAGGAGGCAGUGUUCAGCUGGACUUGAGGUCUUCAUUGUGAGAAUUAAAGGGCAGUGUAUUUUACUCCAGCAGCUAGGCAAAUAGAAUGCAGGCUAGAAUCCAAUCCUCAGGUGAGCAGCCAGGAGUGGGACACAGCUGCGGAGCUGCCCCUGGCAGCUCUUCUCAGCAGGCCCCUGGCAUCCAUUAGACACACAAGGCUACACACACACUCCCAGGGUACUUCCCAGAAAAGCUCAUGUCCCAAGCUGUCUCCAGCCUCUCUCCUGAUUGUCUCCACUUCGGAGCCUUGGGUGUUCAAGCCUCAAAGCCUCUGCCCUACUUCAGAGCAUUAUGGAACCCCACCAUCAGCAUGACUCCAGGAAUCGGAUAAUGCCUUCACCAAGCAUUUACUGAGGCUCUACCCCUUAUGUCAAGAACUUGAUCAGAUCACUUUUCCCAGUGGUAAGAACAGAAGCGUAUGGACGCCGGGGUAGGUCUGUCUCUAUACAGACCUUGUUCACAAUUGCUGUCUGGGUAUGUUACCACAAGCUUCUGUGAGGCCCUCCAUUAUGCAUGCCAUUUACUCAGAGAGUUUUUAAAAACUGCCUACAGUGACUGGGGUGUGAUUCAGUGUCACAGUGCUUGUGGUUAAUUCCCCAAGACUGGUGUCCAGAUCUAAGCCUGCCUACUCCAGUCUACCACCACCACCACCAAUGAAGCUGAUGACAUCACCAUCCUGCCAAAGGCCUGCCAGAAUUUUACUUUGUUCUCCCUAUCCUUAGCAGCUGUGGUUUGCUACUUCCCAAGGAGCUAACCUCCAAGCACAAAGGCACAGAAGGAGUUAUUAUAGACCUUAAAAUUAAAACAAAAUUAUGUAUAUGGGUGUUUUGCUUGCAUGUAUGUCUGUGUACCCUCUAUGUGUGUGCUGCCAAUUGGAGGUCAGAAGAGGCAGAAGAUCUAGAGUUGCAGAUGGCUGCAAGUUGCCUUGUAGUGCUGGGAAAUUAAAUUUGGGUCCUCUAGAAUGGCAGCUAACACUCUGAGCCAUCUCUCCGGUCCCUUGUUAUCCCCAUUGUUUUCAUAGGGAAGACACUAACUCAAAGUCUCUCGCCAGACCUCCUCAGUGCAGGAAGGGCCCCAGGGGAGUCCGGAGAUCCUGUGGGACUCUUGAGUAGGUCAGAGGCCAGGAGAGGGGUUAGAGAGCAGCACUCUCCAUUCAUUCCCAGAUAAGACUUAAAACGUUGCCAUGGUGGAAACUGAUACAAGGAGCCAGUGUUUAUUGUGAAGGGCAGGCCAAGGACCAGAGAAAAACUACAGGAAAAUGAAGUGGCAAGGAAGUGUUGGCUGUUGGAAACAGACCUCCUUAACACCCAGAGAAGGAGGAGGGAGGGGUUAGGUGAGAGGUGUAGGCCUCAUUAACCAGAACAUUUUAACAAGUCUGCAGCAUGUGUACCAGGUCUUAUCUGCAAAAGGAUUCUCAUGCUUAAAAUCAAAAGUUCGGAGAAGUACUGGCCUAAUCCAAUGGUAUGAACUCUAGAUCAGCUAAUCAGACUACUAAGGAUACUAUUAGACAUGCAAACUCUCAGGCCGCCUCCCAGGCUUAUGGAAUAAAUCGACUGGGUUGUGUGUGUGUGUGUGUGUGUGUGUGUGUGUGUGUGUGUGUUUGAGACGGUGACAAGUAUGGGUGCUGUAAUAAGCCCUCCAGGCGACACUAAGUGAGACAUACUGGCCUAGUGAAGGAAAACGUAGUCAUGGGUCAAGAGCAAGGCUAGGAAGAGAAAUUACAGGUGAAAGCAGCCGCUGUCCAACCCUCCUCCCCUGCUUGGGUCUUCUCUCCCCUCCCAGGUGCCAUGCUGCUGCUCCUGCUGGGCUUGCUAAGCCCGGUGGCCUGCGGGGCACUGGGCCCCGCUGGCCCUGGCUCCUCAGAGCUGCGGUCAGCAUUCUCGGCGGCUCGCACCACCCCGCUGGAGGGCACGUCGGAAAUGGCGGUGACCUUCGACAAGUUUUCCUUCACGCUGGGCAAGCUGCCGCGCAAGACGCUGUCGGUGAAGCUGAUGAAGAACCGGGACGAGGUGCAGGCCAUGAUUUACGACGACGGCGCCUCGAGGCGCCGCGAGAUGCAGAGCCAGAGCGUGAUGCUGGCGCUGCGGCGCGGUGACGCCGUCUGGCUGCUCAGCCACGACCAUGAUGGCUAUGGCGCCUACAGCAACCACGGCAAGUACAUCACCUUCUCAGGCUUCCUGGUGUACCCCGACCUGGCCGCCGCCGGCCCUCCGGCCCUCAAGCCCCCCGAGCUCUGAGCCUCUGCUUGGAGGAACCCGGGAAGGCCGUGGGGCGUGCAUGCCGAGCCGGGACCACGGCCCGAAUGCCCCACCGGCCUGAGCAUAACAGCCUGCCCAACGCGCCUGAACUCUGUCAAUAAAGUGGACCUGCCUCUGUCA